AUGCGCGUCGCGGAGGGCUCGGGACGCGGGGCGGCGCUGCCGCGGGGCGCGCGAGUGGCCGCGGCGCACUACGGGGACGCGGGGCGCACGCGGGGCGCCGACGUCACGGAGCAAGUCCGCCGCCUCGCCGCGUCCGGGGCGCCUCUGCGGGCGGACAACGCCGCCUUCGGCGACCCGCUGCCCGGGGUGAGGAAG